AACAACCACACAGCCUCUAAGCUUUCCCUAUAAACCAAUUCCCUCUCGCUCCCCACUCAUAAAGUGGUGCUUUCUUUCUCAUUCUUCCUAGCUAAGUAGCUGUCUUGGUUUUUUUUUUUUUAUAAAUAUGGGAGGAUGUGCAACGAAGCCUAAGGUGUCAAAGGAGAAGGAGGUAGCCGGCGAGGCGCCAGUGCCGGCUCCGGAGACGGCCAAGGAAGAAGCAGUCGUGGUCGAGUCGAAGGAGAAGGAGGUAGUAAUGAUUGGUGAUGAAGCUGAGAAGAAGAUAGAAGGUGAUGAUACAAUCAAGGAGAUCGUUGAUGAUGAAGAUAAACGCAAGUCUCUCAGCAAUUUGUUCCAGAGUGAAGAAGGGAAGGACUUGACAGACAGAGAGAAGACAACAGAAGUAUCUGAAACUGAAAAGCCCUUAGCCCCUGAAAUUGUUGUUUUGGAUGCUCCGAAGACAGUUGAGUCAUCUGAGAUAGUUGUUGAAGCUGCACCAGCAGAGACAGAGACAGAAUCCAAAGAAGCUUCAGAGGUAAAAAUCACCGAAGAAGUGGAUGAAAAGAUCACAGAAGUGAAGGUAAUUGCUGAAGAGAACUUUGCAGAAGGAAAUUCCGAAGGGCAAAAAGAGACUGAAGCAGCGAAGGAAGAAUGUGUUGCAGAAGAAAAACCCAAGAAAGCAGUAUGAGAGGAAGGUUGCCCUAUCUGCUUAUUAGCUACAUUAUUGUAAGGAAGGUUGCCCUAGCUAUCUUUAAAUUUGAGAAGAUUUGGUUUUUGCCUGCAGUUUCCUUAAGUUUCUUUGAGUUUAUCAUUGAGUUUUCACUUAUCUUGUGUUUAUUAAUUUCUUUGCUACACUCUGUGUGUGGACAUAUGGACAUUUUAGAUUGAAUAUACAGGGUAUAGAUUAUUUCCUAAUGCUUUG